AUGCGUGAAGGUAAAGCAUACGUUGACGACACACCGAAGGAACAUAUGAAGACAGAGAGGGAUAAUGGUAUUGAUUCAAAAUGUAGGAAUCAUAGCGUCGAGGAGAAUUUGAAGCUAUGGGAGGAAAUGAUUAAGGGAACUGAGAGAGGUUUACAGUGCUGUGUUCGCGGGGAAUUAGAUAUGCAAGACCCUAACAAAGCUGUGCGAGACCCGGUUUAUUAUCGAAGCAACCUUAUGCCUCACCACCGUAUUGGGGAUAAGUAUAAGAUAUAUCCAACAUAUGACUUUGCUUGUCCGUUUGUCGAUUUCCUUGAAGAUAUAACACAUGCUCUUCGGUCUAGCGAGUACCAUGACCGGAAUGCACAGUACUCUAGAGUUCAAGACGACAUGGGAAUGCGCAGAGUUCAAAUAUAUGAAUUCAGCCGAGAAUGGUUGACGGGUGGGAUGAUCCACGCUUCCCUACAGUCCAAGGAAUUGCUCGUAGAGGGGGCUUCAAAGAAUCUAAAUCUAAUGGAAUGGGACAAAAUUUGGUCUAUCAACAAGAAAAUAAUCGAUCCGGUUUGUCCGAGGCAUACGGCUGUGAUUGAAAAGGGACGUGUACUACUGACCUUAACGAACGGUCCUAAUGAGCCAUUUGUCCGGUUAAUACCAAAACACAAGAAAUUCAAAGGAGCUGGAGAGAAAGCGACCACAUUCACUAAGGGGAUUUGGAUCGAGGGAGCUGAUGCGAGCGCUAUAUCUGUCGAUGAGGAAGUAACUUUGAUGGAUUGGGGAAAUGCUAUAGUAAAGGAAAUCAUCAAGGACAGUGAGGGUCGUAUCACGGCGUUACACGGUGUUCUGAAUCUCCAAGGAUCUGUCAAGACUACGAAGUUGUAG